AUGACUCACGGAUCAAUGUAUUCGAUUAUUUUGCCAACCUAUAAUGAAAAAAACAAUGUACCUUAUAUUAUUUAUAUGAUUGUAGAAGAAUUAACAAAACAUAAUAUUAACUAUGAAGUAAUAUUAGUCGAUGAUAAUAGUGAAGAUGCAACAGCAGAUGUUUAUAAAAAAUUACAAUCUAUUUUUUCAAAUGAAAAAUUAUUAUUGUUAGAACGAGAAAAAAAAAGCGGUUUAGGAAGUGCAUAUAUGGAUGCUUUAAAAAUGGUUUCUGGUGAUUAUGUUAUUAUUAUGGAUGCAGAUUUAUCACACCAUCCAAAAUAUAUAUAUGAAUUUAUAAAAAAACAAAAAGAAACAAAUUGUGAUAUAGUUACAGGUAGUAGAUAUAAUAAACAAGGAGGUAUAUUUGGAUGGGGUUUUAAAAGAAUUUUAAUAAGCCGUGUAGCUAACUUCUUAACACAAUUUUUAUUGUUUAUUAAUUUAACGGAUUUAACGGGAUCAUUCAGAUUAUAUAAAACUGAUGUUCUUAAAGAAGUAAUACAUUCUGUUCAAGGAAAAGGUUAUUCAUUUCAAAUGGAAGUAAUUGUAAGAGCCCAUAAAUCAGGAAAAACAAUUGAAGAAGUCGGAUACAUAUUUUAUGAUAGAUUAUUUGGUGAAUCAAAAUUAUCUUCAAAUGAAAUUAUUAAAUAUAUUCUUUGCCUUUUACGUUUAUUUUGGACACUUUAA